AGGGGGAGGCUGGAGAUGGCGGAGGAGGGCGGCGGCGGCGAGCGGCGUGGCGGGGAGGGGGCGGAGGCGGCGGUGGAGCGGGGCCCGGGCGCAGCCUAUCACAUGUUCGUGACGAUGGAGGAUCUGCUGGAGAAACUGAAGCUGCUUGACUACGAGGAGGAGGCGCUGCGGCGCCACAACAUGCGGCCCCUUUCCAGGCAUUACUUCGCAUUGCCUACAAACCCUGGUGAGCAGUUCUAUAUGUUUUGUGUGCUUGCUGCAUGGCUGAUUACUAAAGCAGGACAUCCCUUCGAGCAGCCACAAGAAUAUGAUGACCCCAAUGCAACAAUAUCAAGCAUACUCUCAGCGCUGCGAUCGUUUGGGAGGUCAGUGGAUUUUCCUCCUUCAAAAUUAAAGGCAGGUUCUGGAGAACAAGCUUGUUAUGUCCUUGACUGUUUAGCUGAAGAAGCCUUGAAAUAUACUGGCUUUAGCUGGAAAAGACCAGCAUACCCAAUGGAAGAGCUGGAAGAAGAAGCAAUAGCAGAAGAUGAUGCAGAAUUGACACUUAAUAAGCUGGAGGAGGAUAUUGCAGAAGAAGAGUCAGAUGGUGAAGAGAACUUUAUUGAUCUGAUUGCUCUGAAGACACAAACUUAUAAAUCGGACAUGAACAACUCCACAAAGCAAGAAGAGAUUUUAGAGUCCACGACAGAUGCAGCAGAGUGGAACCUGGAAGUGGAACGUGUUCUUCCACAGCUGAAAGUUACAAUUAGAACUGACAAUAAGGACUGGCGAAUCCACAUAGAUCAAAUGCAUCAACACAAAGAUGGAAUUGAAUCUGCUUUAAAAGAAACUAGGGGUUACCUUGACAAACUUCACAAUGAAAUUAGUAGAACCCUGGAGAAGGUCAGCAGUCGCGAAAAAUACAUCAACAAUCAGCUGGAGCAUUUGGUUCAAGAGUAUCGUGUGGCACAAGCCCAGCUGAGUGAGGCCAAGGAGAAAUACCAGCAGGGAAGUGGAGGAGUAACCGAAAGGACUAGAAUUCUUUCUGAGAUUACUGAAGUGUUAGAGAAAGUGAAGCAGGAGAUGGAAGAGAAGGGAAGCAGCAUGACUGAUGGAGCUCCUUUAGUAAAAAUUAAACAAGCCUUAACAAAACUGAAGCAAGAAACAGUUCAGAUGGACAUACGGAUUGGUGUGGUGGAACAUACAUUGCUCCAAUCAAAGCUGAAGGAGAAAUCAAAUAUGACUAGAGAUAUGCACGCCACUAUGAUUCCAGAAACCACAAUAGGUGCCUAUUAAAGUUGCAAGGAACUGACUUGUAUUUUAGGCAAAUAAAAGUUUCUGUGAUUUUUCUGCAAUAUUGCUACACUGCAGAAUAUUACAGAUGCAUACAUAGCACUUUAGGUUCUAUAAAUGAAGUUGUAUUGGAUUCUGUGACUCAAAGACUUUCAGACUUAUUAAAGAUCUUUUAUAAAUACGCUAA